AUGCUGCUGCUGGUGACAAUGGCGUACCUACAGAACGGCACUGUGCUUGCUUUGGUAGCGGGAAUGGCAGUGGCACUGAUAGUUGUACGUAGGGUGCAAACCGGGCGGGCGAGAACGGCACGCGCUUUUUUGGGCCGGUGCCGCGGUGCAGAGCAGAGCAGCAGCAACGCUUCGUCGCACGAGCACCAGAGUCAGGGCGAGAAGGCUUCGUCGUCGGGUCAGGCAGGCCAGGCCGGGGCGGCUCUGGCAACAGCACGCGGGUCCAGGUGGGUAUGGCUGCGACGAGAGAGGGAGGCUCGGUGGCGCGCAGACCCGGAGUUGGAGUUUCUGGGCGGAGGCGGCGCGCAAAAAGACAGACAAACAGCCAGACUGACUGACUGA